UUCUCAUCUUCCGAGACCUCACCAAUCACCAUGUAAGUACAUCAAUGAACUAUUGAUCAUCGGAUUCCUCAUGAAUUGAUUGAUCGGAUCCACUUCCUUCCUGCAUUUCGAAUCUCCGUGGGCUUAAAAUUAUCUUCCGGUAACAGAAAAAAUGGCGACGGAGGCGGCUCCGAUGGACGAGAAGGCGAAGAGGAUGAGAGAUCUACUCUCGAGCUUCUACACUCCGGAUCCUUCCAUCUCCACCCCUACUUCCUCGAUCAGCACCUCCUUCGACAACAUCAACGGCCCUUCCUUCGAUGCCGAUCAGUACAUGGAUCUCAUGAUUAAGAAGUCAAAUCUGGAUGUGCUUUUGCAAAGACAUGUUCAAAUGGCUGCUGAGAUUAAGAAUCUGGAUACAGAUUUGCAAAUGCUGGUCUAUGAGAAUUACAACAAGUUCAUCAGUGCUACUGAUACAAUCAAAAGGAUGAAGAGUAAUAUCUUUGGGAUGGAAGGCAACAUGGACCAGCUUCUUCACAAGAUAAUGUCAGUGCAAUCGAGGAGUGAUGGGGUUAACACUUCUCUUUUUGAAAAGAGAGAGCAUAUAGAGAAACUGCACCGGACACGUAAUCUUCUUCGUAAAGUUCAGUUCAUUUAUGAUUUACCUGCACGACUCCAAAAAUGCAUAAAGUCAGAAGCUUAUGGUGAUGCUGUCAGGUUCUAUACUGGAGCAAUGCCAAUUCUCAAGGUAUACGGUGAUACAUCAUUCAAAGACUGCAGACGAGCUUCUGAAGAAGCUAUAGAAACCAUCAUUAAGAACUUGCAGACGAAGCUAUUUUCAGAUUCAGAAUCCAUACAGGCGAGAGCUGAAGCUGCAGUGCUUCUUAAGCAGUUAGAUGUCCCAGUUGAUAGCUUAAAGGACAAACUCUUGGAAAAGCUGGAACAAUCUCUUGAUGGUCUCCAAAUAAAUCCCGAUGAGGCAAGUAAACUUGCAGAGCACAAUGUUUCAUCUAAGGAUGAGGAAAGCAAUAACCAAGGUCCUGCUAAAAUUCAUGAGGACGCUGUACGUGGAUUUUCUGAGGCUAUGCGUGCUUAUCGAGAAAUAUUCCCUGACUCGGAAGAAAGACUUUUUAAACUCGCGAGAGCCUUAACAACAACGCACUUUGAGAACAUGGAGCUAUACAUAAGAAAACGGGUGUCUGCAGCAGAUUUUCUUGGAAUUUUUCGAAUUAUAUGGGAAGAUGUGGUACUUAUGGACGAGGUUCUACCUGAGGCUGCGCUCUCUGAUUUAUCCGCAGAGGCUGCCCAAGUUACUCUGAAGCAAUUUGUUGCGAGGACGUUUUCUCAUCUUCAACAAGAUAUAUCAGAUACACUCUUAAAAUUCGAUAUCAACCAAAAGGAAGUAGUUGAUGGGGAAGUACUGAAGGUUGUUCUUGAAGCUAGUGGAAAGGCGGUUCUUCAAGGCACCACAGAUAUAUUUCAGGAGUUCCGUCAGCUUCUUGAUGAAAACACUGGAAUAUUUGUCAAGAUGAAUGACCUACUCAUCGGUUGGAUUCAGAAAGGAUUUCAAGACUUCUUCAGGUCACUUGAGUCUCACUUCCUAGUGCUCUCAGGAAAAACUAGCUCAUCAAACGAGACUGAAGGUUUGGUUGAAGGAAAAUCGAGUGAGAAAAUUCAUGCUGGUCUCAUCCUUGUGCUGGCGCAGCUCUCUGUCGUCAUCGAACAAAAGGUCAUCCCGAGAAUUGCUGAGGAAAUAACUGCUUCCUUCUCUGGCGGAAACUCCCAAGCUUUUAUUCCUGGAGAACUCUGCCGGGUCUUCCACGCAGCCAGCGAGAAACUUCUCCAGCAUUACAUAGACACGAGAACACAGAAGAUAUCGAAUGUACUAAGAAAGAGGUUCAAGACACCAAACUGGGUUAAGCACAAGGAGCCACGAGAGGUUCACAUGUAUGUCGAUAUGCUUCUUCAGCAGUUGGAAGAAGUCGGUAAAGAAGUGAAACAGAUUCUACCUCAAGGAACUUUCCGAAAGCACAAGAGAUCAGACAGCAACGGAAGUAACACUACAACCUCAUCACGGAGCACUACACUACAUAGCGAUAAGAUGGCACGGUCGAACUCACAGAGAGCUCGAAGUCAGCUUUUCGAGACGCAUCUUGCAAAGCUGUUCAAGCAAAAAGUAGAAAUAUUCACCAAGGUUGAAUUUACCCAGGAAUCAGUUGUAACGACAACAGUGAAGCUGUGUCUGAAGAGUUUGCAAGAAUAUGUGCGGCUCCAAACGUUUAACAGGAGCGGGUUCCAGCAGAUUCAGCUAGACAUUCAGUUCUUAAAAGCUCCUUUGAAAGAAACAGUCGAGGACGAAGCUGCUAUUGACUUCUUGCUCGACGAGGUGAUCGUUGCGGCUUCAGAGAGGUGUCUUGAUGUGACUCCAUUGGAACCACCAAUCUUGGACAAACUCAUACAAGCCAAGCUCGCUAAAUCUAAGGAACACAACAACAACAACAACAAGACCACCGUUUCCUCUUGAAAUUAAUAAGCCGUAACUCAGAACCCAAGUGUGUAUCUCAUGAUUCUUGAAUUUUUUUUGGUACAUCUGCUCAGAGCUAA